CCUGAUCUCAGCACACAUUCCUCAACAGCCACCGACUUCACAAAAGCAAAAAUAUGAACGCAAAACUUACGAGGUGGACACCGCAAAACUGCGUAGAUUCUGGCAUACUGGCACAAUCCGCGGAGUCAUCCAGGCAUACACGAAGUCUAUGCUUACGGACCUUCCGCAUGUCGAAAAGGUCGUCUAUGAUAUUUGCAUGAAAGACGCGAAGAGCAUUGUUGGUCUUGCCAAAUGUUCUGUCAGAGUGUUCAAUACACGAGAUUCUCUGAAAGGCCAAGUGGAUUUGAUGAGCAGUACUUCAACGUCUGGUGCGCCAUCAAGUACAAUAACAACUUCUCCUACAGCGUCCACAACUCCCAAAGAAGAAAGCUCUUUUGGAAAAUGGGAGCAAGCGCCCUAUCUACCCAUCAGGCGGAAAGCAAAAGUGUUCAAAACACCCCGGAUUUUGGGUGAAUACAAGUCGAAAAAACGAAGAAACAAAACUGGUUUCAAGAUCAAACGGAAGAAGGGUCGCUUUUUAUUGUCUACUUCGUCAUCGUCAUCCCGCACUUUGCGCUUGCAUCCGUCCAAGGAGCGAAAAGACACAAACAGUCUGGUUGUCAAAUUGAAAAAAGCUUUGGCAUCUGGGUUUUUACAUAGAAACAGGAAAAGGGCACAUUUGGAAUCGCGAAGUUGGCGAAAACGAUUGAAGAGAAGUGCUGCUGAUAAAGAUGUUGAGAAGACAAGACUCGGAUUAUCCUCACCCAACUUAUCUUUACGGGCAGCUGAUAUUGAAAAUAUAUUUGCAGAAGUUUUACAAGGAUCCGAUGCAGAAACAACAACAAGUAUCCCACAAAAGCACAAGGCGAAACAGCCGCAGCCCAGCUCACACAUCGAAAAAUUGCUCAUUAUUCGGGAUCAUUUUCGCAGAGUAAAACAAUGUAACGACUUUUUCGAUAAUCUAAAUGAACGGAAUAAAAUGUUUUUCAAACACUUCAAACUCGGCAUUGAUAGCAAAGCGCCGACAGUUGAGAAACAGGCAGCAUCAGUGAUGGAUGAAGUUGUGGAAACAAUCAAUGCGUUCUCCAACCAAGGUUCAUCUGACAAGCUAUCGUUGUUUUCACCACGCCUGCUUUCUCUGCUUCCCGAAGCAUCUAUCCCAAAUCACCAAAAGUUCAUGUCGCCAACGUUGUUUAGCUUCCAGAAGGAAGGAAUUCUAUCCGUGCCGGAACUUUUCAAGCUAGCAGCAAUUAGUAAGAAAGAGCAAGACGAUCUGCUGGAGAUGAUAAUUGACAUAAGUGGUGCAGGAAAAGCCCUUAAGGAGAUAUUCGCCAAAUUAGAACCAGAAAUGGAUGAAAUAAAGAACGUCAAGUAUCCUAUAGUACAAAAGCUAAUGGAACACGAUGAGCGAUGGAGACGCUCAAGAGCCAGCUUCACAGAAGAACAAAAGAGAGAUUUCGACGAAAAAGGAUUUGCUUUCUUGGACGAAAAGCAACUGAACUUGAUAUACAAGCCAGAAGACCAGCUUCGCUACGGAAUGAAUACUACCAAACUCGGCAGAAUGACGAAACAAGAGAAACAGGCAAGACUAGAAAAGGAAAUUCGAGCACUAGCGGAAUUGGAAAAACCUCGAGCACCAAGCUGGGGAACAGCACGUGUUCGACGACAAGCAGAAGGUCCCAUAAACUUCGAAACCUUAGCUCCUGUAGCAUUUGCUACAGACGUGCUCGGCGGUGCAUCCUUAGAUAUUGUUACAUUGUCACCGCGAGCUUUCAUAGUAGAAGUAUUGUUCCCGUCGGCUCUAAUACAAGAAACUCUCUCGCCACGAGCGUUCAUCGUGUCCAUACUAGCACCAAAUGCUCUCAUCGCUCGUAUUUUAUCGCCGACUGCUUUCCGUGUCGAAGUGCUUUCACCGCGAGCACUGGUGGCAUGGGUGCUCUCUCCUCAAGCAUUCCUUGUCGAAGUUCUCUCUCCAAACGCACUCAAUCCCGUGGUGCUCAGUCCGGAUGCCUUUGUUGUAGAAGUAUUGAGUCCAGCAUUGAUUGCGCCCGCCGUUCUGUCACCAGGAGCACUGCAAGUUUUCGUUCUGAGUCCUUCGGUAUUGUCGCCUCGUGUUCUCAGCCAGGAAAGGCUUGUGGUUGAGGUUUUCUCACCUCAUAUCUUGGGAGGAGAACAUGAACAUGAAGAAGCCCAUGGCGGACAUGUAGUAGAGGUUGGAGGUUUCCAAGGAGCACAUAGCCCUCACUAUCACGGACAAGAAUUAAUAGAAAUUGAAUGGUGAUAACAUUUUCUCACUUAAGGCCACUGAGUGCCCCUCACUGUGAUUUUGUGCUUUUAAAAAGGCCUCUGUACGACCUAACAUAUCAGUGACGGAUAUUAGCGUUGUUCAAAAGGUUUCAUUAAUAAUGUG